GAGUCCAAAAUGGCGGCUCUCAGGCUGGCGCGCUCCGUGCUGCUGAGGCUUUGAGGUGGUCGUCCGGGGCCGGAGAGGGGACGAUUUCCCCGGCACGGGGCCCCCAGAGAAUGAAUCGGGGGCUCUGCUGAGACGAGGCGGCGGGGCUGGAGAGCAGUGGCAGCAAAGGGCUGCGGUGGCGUCCACGCAGCGGGAUGUGCGAGAGUUACUCCAGGUCGUUGUUGAGGGUCUCGGUGGCGCAGAUCUGCCAGGCGCUGGGCUGGGACUCGGUGCAGCUCAGUGCCUGCCACCUCCUCACCGACGUCCUGCAGCGCUAUCUGCAGCAGCUGGGCCGAGGCUGCCAUCGCUACUCUGAACUCUAUGGCCGAACAGACCCCAUUUUGGAUGAUGUUGGUGAAGCUUUCCAACUUAUGGGGGUUAAUCUGCAUGAACUAGAGGACUAUAUUCAUAAUAUUGAACCUGUCACCUUCCCACAUCAAAUUCCCUCAUUUCCUGUUAGCAAGAACAAUGUCCUUCAGUUUCCUCAACCCGGAAGUAAAGAUGCAGAGGAAAGAAAAGACUACAUUCCCGAUUACCUGCCGCCCAUUGUGUCUUCUCAAGAAGAGGAAGAAGAGGAGCAGGUGCCCACUGAUGGGGGCACAUCAGCAGAAGCCAUGCAGGUGCCCUUGGAAGAAGAUGAUGAAAUGGAGGAGGAGGAGGAAGUCAUCAAUGAUGAGAAUUUCUUGGGUAAGAGGCCACUGGACAGUCCUGAGGUGGAAGAAAUGCCCACCAUGAAGCGCCCAAGACUCCUGAGCACCAAAGGGGAUUCCCUGGAUGUUCUGUUGGAAGCACGAGAACCUCUCAGUUCAAUAAAUCCACAGAAGAUCCCACCAAUGCUUUCUCCUGUGCAUGUCCAGGAUAGUACAGAUCUGGCCCCUUCAUCACCAGAGCCCCCAAUGCUGGCUCCAUUUGCAAAGUCACAACUACCAACUGCAAAGCCAUUAGAAACAAAGUCAUUCACACCAAAAACAAAGACUAAAGCUAGCUCUCCAGGACAGAAGACUAAAUCUCCCAAAACUACCCUAUCACCAGCACGGCUUGGAAGUCCUAUUCGGUCACCAAAAACCAUCCCCAAAGAAAAGAAAUCACCUGGACGGUCUAAGAGCCCCAAGAUUAUAACUCCUGUACCCCAACCCCCUGCCAGACCUGAAACACCAAAUAGAACCCCUUCAGCUAUGGUGGUUGAAAAAACUGUUAAGGAAACCAUCCCUAUAAAGCCAACACAGACUCCCCCAGAAAUUGGGAAACUGAACAUGGAAAUGCAGCCGAAGAAGGCUGUGGUGACAGACAAAACCAUCGAUGAUUCCAUCGAUGCUGUGAUCGCACGCGCCUGUGCAGAGCGGGAACCAGAUCCUUUUGAGUUUUCUUCUGGAUCGGAAUCUGAAGUAGACACUUUUACAAGUCCUAAGAGGAUUUCAGGUUCAGAGUGCACCACUCCAAAAGCUUCCACUUCUUCCAAUAACUUCACCAAGUCCGGGUCUACUCCUCUGCCUCUUUCUGGUGGAACUUCAAGUUCCGAUAACUCAUGGACAAUGGAUGCCUCGAUUGAUGAGGUGGUACGGAAAGCAAAACUAGGAGCCCCUUCUAACUUGCCUCCCACCUUCUCGUAUAUCUCUUCUCCCUCCAUUUCUCCUCCCACUCCCGAACUUCUGCACAAAAGUUAUGAGGAGAAAGCCAAGCUACCUUCAUCUGUAGACGUAAAGAAAAAGUUGAAAAAAGAACUGAAGACUAAAUUGAAAAAGAAAGAAAAGCAAAAAGAUAGGGAGAGGGAAAAGGAGAGAAACAAAGAAAGAAGCAAAGAGAAGGAUAAAAUGAGAGAGAGGGAGAAGGAAAAGGAAGCUGCCAAGGAGGUCAGGUACCCAUGGAAGGAGUUUAUGAAAGAUGAAGAUUCCGAUCCCUAUAAGUUUAAAAUCAGAGAAUUUGAAGACAUUGAUCCAAAAGUGCGAUUGAAAGAUGGGAUUGUGAGGAAGGAAAAAGAGAAGCAUAAGGACAAGAAGAAAGACCGAGAACGAGGCAAACGAGAUAAAGAUAAGAGAGAAAGGGAAAAGGUUAAAGAAAGAAGCAGAGAAGACAAGAUAAAGCCCCCUCCAAUGCAGUUGGUGUUACCCCCGAAAGAAAUGGCACUGCCUUUGUUCAGUCCUUCCGCUGCAGUGAGGGUAGCGCCGUCCAUGCUGCCUGCCUUGUCACCAAUGCUCCCAGAAAAGCUGUUUGAGGAAAGGGAGAAGCCCAAGGAGAAAGAAAGAAAAAAGGACAAAAAGGAAAAGAAGAAGAAGAAAGAAAAGGAGAAGGAAAAGGAGAAGAAAGAGAGGGAGAGGGAGAAAGAGAAAAGGGAGAGAGAGAAGAGAGAGAAAGAGAAGGAGAAACACAAGCAUGAAAAAAUAAAAGUGGAGCCUAUCAUUCCACCCCCAAGUUCAGUUAUCCCCAGAUUGACUCUGCGAGUUGGUGCUGGCCAAGACAAGAUUGUCAUCAGCAAGGUGGUGCCAGCCCCCGAGGCUAAGCCAGCCCCUUCUCUGAACAGACCUAAAACCCCACCUCCAGCCCCAGUCCCUGUUCCUGUGCGUGUGAGCCCUACUCCUCUGCCACCACCACUCCUCGCCCAGGCUACAGUGUGCCCAGCCCUGAUGCCAUCCCCAGCCCCUGCCCUCUCUGGAUCAGGGAGUGCCAAAGCCCCAGUGCGGAGCGUGGUGACAGAGACAGUCAGCACUUAUGUGAUCCGCGAUGAGUGGGGCAAUCAGAUCUGGAUUUGUCCAGGGUGCAACAAGCCUGAUGACGGAAGUCCUAUGAUCGGCUGUGACGGCUGUGACGACUGGUACCACUGGCCCUGUGUGGGAUUAAUGGCGGCUCCUCCGGAAGAGAUGCAGUGGUUCUGCUCCAAGUGUGCCAAGAUAAAGAAAGACAAGAAGCACAAGAAGAGGAAGCACCGUGCGCACUGACGUCAGCAUGGGCAGGACUGCUGCCCCGCACCGGGUCCGGGCUGGGCCGGUUCUGCCAUUCUGUCUCCCCCAGGCCCUGUGGACAGCGCGUCCUGGUGGAGCAAGGACAAGAAUAUACCAUCGUUCUGGACGCUCCUUCUGAAGCACAUGGACCUGAGCUCCCAGGGCGUGUGACUGAAGAAAAACUCCAGUAGAGGCAUGGCUGAGGGCUCGCACCGCCAUCUGCCUAUUACCAGUGACAAGUAUUAAUAAAGACACCACACAUCUUCCCCCCCCCAUUCCCUUUCUUCUCUCCAGAACCUUUUAUUACGGUGUUAGAUGAGAAGGUAAUGUACAAAUGCCUUGAUUGUAACUGAAGGAUGCAUCAUUAGCUAUAGUUCCCAAGCCCUCUCCCUCACAGAGAUAAUCAUAAGGAAAGAACGCCCCAGUCAAAGGACUGGUAAAUAUUUUUGUGAUGAGAAUAUAUGAAAUUCCCUCACCUUACCCCACUUUUAUUACUAACAUGUAAAAUGUUCAGGCUUUUGUGAGAUACCUUAUAUUUUUUAAGAAAAAGGUUUCUAUCAUGUCCUGUUCACCUCUGUGCAAAUUCUUUUCCUUUAGCCUAUUUUAUAACUUGGUUGUGUUUGAAUCCUGCUCUUCUGUAACCUGCUGGAGCCUCUUCUCCUCACCGUGUGUACAUUCAUCAACUUGUAUAAAACUCUUGAUACUAAGAAAAAUGUCCCCUUACUGUAAAUAAUAAAUAUUUAUGAAGUAGUUAUUUUUAAAAAUUUUUUAUCGUGUUUAAUUCUGGUGAUUUCAGCCAUGUCUGUAAUUGCUGCUGUACACAGGCAAGGAGGAUAGAAAGACCCAGAUCCCUCCCCAAAUGCAAUGCCCACAACAUGGUAGGGAGAGGACCCUCGCAGUCGGAGGGAACAAGGCAAUUGAAAUCUAGAGUUGAUGCUUUGAAAUUGUUUUGUUUGUUAUAUAUUUUCUGUAAAUUUUUCUCACUUUUACUAAAAGGACAUGUAGUUUCCACAAAAGUAAAAAAAAGAAAAAAGAAAAAUACUGUAGCAUUUUGUGUUUAUAUUAUUUUAUUUCUACAGGUUUGUUCAUGAAUAUUGUGCUUUAAGGUUGAAAUGAAGUAUAUUAUGAAUUUUUUUUAAGAAAACUCAUCAAAUUUCAGGGUAUCACAAAACUUUAUUAUAUUACUAUACUGCCCACUAUUUAUUAUAUGUUAUAGAUAUCUGAAACAUAAACCAAAUAUUUUAUUUUUAAUGUAAAAAAACAUCAAAUUUAACUUUAUUAGCAUAUUUUAGUGACUUUGGAAUAACUGUGGACUUUUACUUGAUUUUGAACUAAUCCCAAUUUGGACUUGUGUGAAGGCUAUCUUGAAUGUUAGAAUGUGGGAUUUGAACCUAAUAUAAAAUAUAUGAAUAGAAAUGUGAUUUUUUUUACUGCCAACUCAAUGGAUAUUAGCAUUAUAAUUAGUCCUAUUUUAAAACAUACAAUGUGGUUUCAGAAAUGUGGUUCUCUGCCUUGAUGUUCAAUUGCAGAACAGUGGGAGUGGAGUCGACCUGAGAAGAGUGCUGAAAUCACUACUCUCUUUAUUCUAGAAGCCAGAAGUUUUCUUCCCCUGCCUCCCAAAAAGUAUCUAUGUUGAGAUAUGUGUGUCUUUUUUGUUUGUUUGUUUGUUUGUUUCAUUUAGUUGAGAUCAUCCUAAAUACUUUAUACAAUAUUUUCACAUGCACAAAUAUACCCACUAGUGCUUUUUGGAGAGGGGUGAAGGGUGGGGGAAGUGCAAAAUAAAGA